UAUAUGUAAAACACAAACCAAUUCUGCCUUUUCUCCUAGGAGUCAGCAAUUUAGGAAGAGCCAGGGAAAGUGGCAGACAGGCUGGCAAGCAGAUGACGAUUAAGAGAAGGCUUAGAAGGAGGAGCUGAAGCCAGAGACGGUCCUGGGAUAAUGGAUGUCACCAUACCGACCCGCUCAGAAAUCAGAGGGAGGACCUCACAGCCCAGCACUCUGCAGGGAACCCUCAGCAGCCCAGACAGAGCUGAAGACCACUACAGCAGCAUCUUUUCUGGGUUUGCAGGACUCCUUGCCAUCCUCCUGGUUGUCGCAGUUUUCUGCAUCCUGUGGAACUGGAGUAAAUGGAAGAAGCGGCAAGUUCCUUACUUCCGAGUCACCGUCAUGCCCUUGCUGACUCUGCCUCGACCCAGACAAGGAACCAAAAAUAUUUAUGACCUCUUGCCCCGAAGACAAGAAGAGCUGGGAAGACAUCCGUCAAGAAGUAUUCGUAUUUUCAGUACUGAGAGCCUCCUCUCCAGAAAUUCUGACAGCCCUCCCUCUGAACAUGUGCCCUCCCAAGCAGGUGAUGCCCUCCAUGUGCACAGAGCCCAUACUCAUGCCAUGGGGUAUGCAGUGGGCAUCUAUGACAAUGCCAUGGGGCCCCAGAUGUGUGGAAACCUCACUCCCUCAGCGCACUAUGUCAAUGUCAGAGCUUCAAGAGAUUGCCCAAGCACUUCUUCAGAGGAUUCAAGAGAUUAUGUCAAUAUCCCCACAGCAAAGGAGAUUGCUGAGACUUUAGCUUCUACCAACAGCCCUCCUGGGAACCUCUUCAUCCUCCCAAGUACUAAGGUGCUGGAGUUGACUGAAGAAAUAGAUGAGGGCUGUGGGAACGCCAGUGACUGCACCAGUUUGGGGUCUCCAGGAACUGAGAGCAGUGAUCCACUCAACGAUGGGGAAGGGUCUUCUCAGACCUCAAAUGAUUAUGUCAACAUGGCAGUGCUGGAUCUCGAGACCAUUCAAGGGAAGCAGCCCUGGGGAACUUUUCAGUGCUGCAGAGAUUAUGAAAAUGUACCACCAGAUCCCAGUGUAAACCAGCAGCAGGAGGAGAAGGAAGCGACAUCCUCAAACACAGACCAUGUAGAGGGCAGGACAGAUGGUCCCGAAACCCACAUCCAACCUGUCAUGCAGUCAGGGAGUUUCCUGGCCUUAAAGGAUUAUGUGACCUAUCAGUCAUCUGCACAGAGUGAGAACAGUCAGAUGAAACAUGGAGAAGAGAUGUCAAAUGAAGACUCUCGUGACUACAAGAAUGUGUGAGCUGCCAAGGUAGGAGGUAGGGACUUUGAGCAGGGGCCUGACACAUGGCUCCUUCCUGAUGAAUUAAGACCCAGCCACCCAGCUGGAAAGCCACAUGGAGCGGUCUAUCCUGCCAGAUCCAUAGCCAUUAUAGGGUCUAGUGAAGACCCUUGACCACCCUUGUAUUUCAGUGGAUUCAUUUGGUUACGCUAAAAAGAAGCUGAAAUGAGUAAGGAGCUAAGAGGCUCACAAAAGCAGAGGUUUGAAAAAGUCAGAAAGAAAUUCUUCUCAGGCAGGGUGCUGUUAUCUCUCAUACCAACUUAAGAAUGCUGAAACUGCCUUAUAGGACUGUGAGGAGGUUAAAAAUGGAAGAGUACUUUAGUAGACAGUGGAAACAUGAAGUAGUCUAAAAUCAUUACCUUCACUAAUACCAGCAGGCUGCAAAGCAGGAAUACAGAUUAUUUGGUAAUCCAGGCAGAGGCCAAAAGGAACGAGGAAGUUGGGUUGGGGUGGGGGGACAGUUGCCGCUCUCAAAUGAGUGUGGACAACCAAACGCUGGAGAAAAUGCAGAACAAUAGGAACUCUCGCUCAUUGCUGAAGGGAUUGCAAGGCAUAACAUUCACUCUGGAAAACUGUUUGGCAGUUUCUUAUAAACAUAAACCUA